CACCGGCGUUAGUCGUCGCCCAACGACCUAGUCUUCUAGUCGUCAGUGCCCAGCGUCCCAUUCUCGUCAAUCACUGUAAUUGUCUCUCUCUCUCCACUCUCGUCACUCAGUUUCUCGAAUCUGAAGCUUGAAAUCCGCCCACAAAUGGUUUGCGGAUAAUAUAAUACUGUGCUGCCAAGGAAGAUUGGCAAAUUUCGUUUUCCAUUGUUUGUAAUCACUUUCUGCGUGGAGGAGAAAUGGAGCAUUGCAUGGAAAUUGACACAGAGGAUGCGUUUCCUGAGUUCACAUUAGCAGAGAUCUUGGAAAUGGAGAGAAUGUUCAAGGAAAAAGGAGUAAAGACUUUUGAUCAGGAGUUCUGUGAAGAGGUUGCUGCAAAGUUCAGCUCUUCACCAUAUCGUACUGGGAUAUCUGUAAUAGCUUGGGAACAGGUUAAAACUUGGUUCACCAACAAGCAAAGUGGACUGGAAGAAAAAGCUACUCUCUUAUCUCUCAUUAGCACAACAAAUGCGACUCGUUGUGUACAAAGAAGACCAAAGAAAAUUGUCUCUUCCAUUAGGAAGUUAGCUUCACAAUAUGCAUCUGAAAAAUAUGAGAAUCCCAUUGGUGAAAGGGCAGCAGAGCUCUCAGACCUGGCUUUUGAAGCUCUCUCAGCAAAGGACUUAGCUUGGUAUGACGUUGCUACAUUCUUAAACUACCGAGUUACUUAUUCGGGCGACCUUGAGGUUCGUGUGAGAUUUUCUGGAUUCAGGAACGAUCAAGAUGAGUGGGUGAGUGUUAGAAAGGGAGUUCGUGAGCGCUCCAUCCCCCUAGCUCAUUCAGAAUGUGAGAAAGUGGAGCCCGGGGAUCUUGUACUAUGCUUCAGGGAAAACGAAGUUUAUGCAUAUGCUUUAUACUGUGACGCACACAUUGUUGAAAUAGAAAGAAGAGAACAUGAUAUCUCUGGCUGCACGUGCAUCUUUCUCGUUCGCUAUGACUUUGACAACUUUGAGGACAAAGUAGAGAGUCACAAGAUAUGUUGCAGGCCAACCAAAAGAAAGGAUUAGCUGAGAGGUAAUUCUCAAGUGUGCCGCACGCAUUAACUAGAAGUCCGAAGAGAUCCUAAACUUAAAAUGUUGUUUUCUAGUACCCAUCUGAGCUAUAAUCUCCAACGGAUUCGUUCUUCGGCUGUUGUCCCGUUGAGGAAAACCAGAAUUUUCCAUUUUCUCGAGACCGCCUAUCUAUAAAGGACACAUGCAUUGGACCAGCCAUGAAGUGCUCUUUAGUUCAGCUGUUGCUGCUGGAGAUGUUGAUAAAGCUUUAACUGUUCCUUGUGACAGCUCCAUUUUUGUUAUGACUUUUCUUGUUGGACUUCAUUAUUUUGGAAAAUGCUACUAUAAUCACGCUACGGAUGACAACCAUCUUAUGAAUUUGUUCACACUGACACUACAAGUCCUUGUGUUAUACCGUGUGUGUGAAUAAAAUUCACAAACGGUUGUCAUCCAUGGUGUCAAAUUUGGGGUAUGAAUAACAACAUUCAGCAAGU